AUGCAUUCGAAUGCCGUUCUAACCGUUGUGAUCUGGACGAUUUUGACUUCUGAUUCUCUACAGUAUUAUCCGAAUGUAGGUUCAUGAUGCGCUCAGGCUUCUAACUAUUUGUUCUGUCGGGAAACGGUUUUGUUUGUUCGGUUUUACUGAAAACUCCACACCAGAAGCGCGUGAUUGGCAACUUUAAAACUUCUCGGACCUUGGUAACGCGAACGGUUGGGGCAUUUCUAGUGACUACUUUAGUAGUCUCAGCACUCUUAAGUGAUCCCUAGAAUCGCCCAGAAACGUCCAGAGCACGUCCGUUUCGCGUUACCAAUGUCCGAGUUCAAAAAGUUUAGAAAAGGUAUGCAAACUUUUUUGUAAUGAUUUCAGCAAUGCGGAGCGACUAGCUGCCAAAACGGACAAGUGGCGGCCGUUCCUUCCCUUCCGCAGAUCUACUUGGUGAUUUUUCUCUUCUUUUUAUAUGAAUCAUCAUCUAAACUCGGGAAUACGGAACAGUCUAUCCUUCCCGACUUGAAAGACGAGAUGGGUAGAUUGGAAUGGGUGAAGCGUUGCGUGUGCUUUAGGGGAAGACCUCGAGCUCCAAGGAGAGCCACCUUUUUUCUCCGGUUUUUGACCGUUCUGGUAAAAAAUGAAUGCUUUUUCAGCUGUACCGCUUGUGUCUUGUCUUUCAAAUAUGGAUUAGGUUGAAUUAAUAAAAAUUUCCAGUCUCUUUGCUAUAGCUGAUUCACGGCUAGCUUAUGACACACACACGCCCUUAAGGGGGCGUCGCCUGUCUGCGCUCUCCAUGAGCCAGACCAUAUCUAGUGCAUUUUCGUGGCAGGACCCUUUUCGCGCCAGCCGUGAAUCAGCUUUACUUAUGUUUUGCCGUAGGUGCUCUAAAUAUUUUUCAAUUUGCUGUAUAAUAUUUCUCUUCUAUAGACGUGAAAAAAUAGUAUUUUCUGAUUGAAAAAAGAAAAUUUUAGAAGAUUAGCCACAAAAGACGUCCGAACCUUUUUUUUCGCACACUGAAUACUAUCAUCAAUUAUUGUCUCAAACCUGAAUGUACUAUACAAAAAUGAAAACUUUUGGAUUGAAGAGAUGCGACGGGUACCGUUUCGUCGUUUGCCAAUGUCCGUCGCAGCAAACUUUCAUCGAUGGCCUUUGCUCAGCCGGCAGAUGCGUCGUUCGUUUAGAAAACAUUCUCAAUUUCCGAUAAAAUAUUCCUAGGAGAAGGACGGCGCCGCGAACUACAAACCCGUGCCAGGAGAUCCGUACAGCUUCUACCAAUGCGCUCAAGGUCGAUUUCUUUGAGGAUGGCUUUUCAGUGAUGAUUCUAGGCCGUUGGGUGGAGAUCCAUUGCAAGGACGGCACCGUUUGGAAUCAAUCGAUCGUUUCUUGCGAUUUUCCUGGGAACGUCACUCCAGCUCCUUUUUGA